AACCACACGGCCACCUCUUUUUUAUGGAACCAAUUAUACAUAUUGGAAAGAAUGGAUGAGAAUAUAUAUUCGUUCCACGAACUUCCAAUUAUGGUUGGUCAUCAAAAACAGGGAAGAGGUGCCGAUGAAGAAGGUUGGAGACAAGUUAAUCCCCAAGACCGAAGAUGAAUUUGAUACCGAGGACAUAAAGAAAGUAGAAAUUUAUGCCAAGGCCAUCAAUAUGAUCUACUUUGUGGUCAAUCCCGAUGACUACAAAAGAUCUCGUGUUGUUCAACCACAAAGGAAAUGUGGGGCAAACUGGAGGAUGAAAGAGCAAAAGAAGAUUGACGAUAUGUUUGACCGGUUUUCCAAGAUAGUCAACGAUCUUCAUGCCUUGAAGAAAACUUACACCGACAAGGAUCUUGUAAGAAAGAUCCUACGGAGCUUGACAUCCGAAUGGUGUUCCAAGGCCGAUGCCAUCUAUGAGUCAAUUGGAGCAUCCAAUAUCAACAUCGACGGCUUAAGAGGUAAUCUAAAAACCUAUGAAUCUACUAUACUUAACCCGUCUCUGAAUGAUCAAAGGAAAGGCAUAGUGCUAAAAGCCGUCAAAGAGCCGACGGUGAAUUACUCAAGAGAUGACGAUGAGAUCAAGCUUGUCAUGAAGAAGUUCUGUAAACUUUUAAGGAAGAAAGAAAAGGUUGAGGAUGGCCCUGUGUGCUAUGGAUGUGGAGAAGCCGGGCACAUCAAGAACAAGUGCCCUAAAGGCCGAAGGAAUGCACACUGCUUCAAAAAGAAAAGGGCAUACAUACCCUUGGGAGGAGAUUCCGGAGAUGAAAGCAGCGAGGAAGAAGAGGAAUAAGAAGCAAACAUAUGUCUUAUGGCACACGAGGAAGACUCACCAACGACCUCCGACAAUAAAGAGGUAUGUACCACUCCCUCUAAACCCUACUCUUUUGAGGAAAUGCAAGAUGCACUACAAGAACUCUAUCAAGAGUUUGUCAGAGCUUCUAAAUUGAAUAAAUCCUUAAAGAACAUUUCUCUAUUCUAGAAAACGAUUUUGAAAAAUUGAAAAAAGAAAAUGAAAAAUUGAAACAAGAAAAUAAAUUUUAUGGUAAAAG